AUGGCAUCUGGCGCCGGCGACAACUCAAUAGACCUUCGGGCGCUCGAGGCCGUGUCUGAAUACAGCAAGAAUCUCAUGUGCCUUGUCUGCCAUUGCCCCUUCAUCACUCCCACUCGGCUACGAUGCGAUCACAUCUUUUGCAGGUCUUGUCUGGAUGACUGCAUCAAAUCCUCGAGUGAUAUGAACCAGUUCACGCAACUAAGCGAGUUUCUUUGUCCUACCUGUCGUACGCCGACAAAUGCCACUUACACGACCGUGCCGCGACUUGUGGUCGCCAUGUGUGAUGAUAUAUUGGUAAGGUGUCCAUAUCAUGGUGAAGGUUGUACCGAGACCAUCCAGCGUAGCCAUGCGCAAGUGCAUGUGGAUAAGUACUGUGAGUACCGAUGGAUGCCAUGUCCCGAUGCGCAAUGCGACAAGAAGAUCCGCAAGAAAGAUCUGGGCUCGGAAGAUCGGUGCUUGCAUACACUUGUCGACUGCGGGAAAUGUGGCGAGUCGGUGAUAGAACUUGAUUUUGAGGAGCACACAACAGAUCUAUGUCCGCAAAUAGAAAUGACAUGUCCUGAUUGCGAGGAAGUGUACUAUAAGAUCAAUCAGCAGGAGCACAAAGAAAGCUGUUUGCAGGCUACUGUGCCUUGCAAGGCUUCAAAAUAUGGAUGUGUGGCUCGACUGCUCAAAGCCGAACUCAAGGACCACGAGGACUCCUGCCCACUAGGCAGAUUGGGUCCAUACCUCGAGAGUCAAGCGGAAAGGCUUGAAACUAUGGAUUCAACUAUCCGACAGCUGAAACAACAGAAUUCUUUCCUUGAAGAUAGCAUUGCCAGUUUACGAUCUUCACUUUCACAGUCCACUUCUCGGCCACCAUCAAGAGUACAGCUGACAUCAAACCCUGGACCCGAAAACGCUAGUCUCCCAGUCCCUGAUCUGAAUAGGAGUGCCUCUCCAUCAAGAGACGCCCUCGCGUCGUCCCCUAUGAUCAGUUCUUCGGCGCCUUACCAUAAUAACGCCACAACCUACCUCCUUUCCAUCCACGAAGCCCUGCGAGAAGAAGUCUUGCAGCUUACCUCGACAGUCGCGGACCUCGAAGCUCGUACAAACAUGUCAAUGAUGAAUGAUACCCUCCGUGUGAGAGAAGAUAUGGCUCAUCUCACAGCCGGGCUAAACACGGUCAGGAUGCAAGUCCAUUUACUCAUGAAUUCCAGAAUACAUCACAAUCAGAGGGCUCCAAUGAAUACUCGCCCCGGUAGCAGUAGCAAUGGAGGAGGCAUGGAUGGAGCCUCUGGACAAGCUCGUAUCCCUUCCGCCACCGGACCAGAGCCGCAGCGAGGCAGACGCCCAAGCGACAGUGGUUGGGAAGGGACGAAGCUAUGA